CUCUUGCCCAUAUUUUACAGUUUUUGUGUGAACUUCCCCAUCGCUAUCCGCAGCUUCGUUGCAUCCAUUAUUCAAUCGUCUCUUAAUCGUAUUUAUGACAACGAAAUUGGCGUUCUUUCAGAUGAGCCAAAGAGGCAGGUCGACUAUUCAAUAACAUUUCCUACCCAAUCCGAAUAUGAUGCCUACAAUCUUAUCGAUGCACCACUGGAGAAGAUGCUUACGCCCUCAAAACAACCAGAUGAAAGCGCUUGGAUGCCAAAUGCAAAACUCCAAGAGAUGUCUAGCGUUCCGCCGAACAUUGAUUGGCCAACUAAUGAAGAAUUUACUCCUGAGCUUGGUGCUGAUAAAAUAAAUCUCUAUAUAAAGGAUUCGUGCAAUAUAUUGAUGCGACAUUUGUUUCGUUCUCGACGCGACAACUUUUUAAUGAAGAGCUGGGAUCUAACCUGUGGAUGGGUAAAACGCCAAUCGACGUGUGCUAUGUUGUCGAAACGUUCAGCCAGAAGAACAGACAAGGAUUUAUCACCAGAUAUAUGCAUCUUGAAUUUCAGACCAGGCGAACACGUUUUUAACGAAGAAUGGUUGAAGAUGGUUCUGGAAUACAAGGCCAAAUUGGGCGAAAGACUUUGCUUCUAA